UAUGCCUGUUCCCUACUCCCUCGCCGUCUUCGUCGUGCUCAUUCUCGCCGGAGACUCCUCCGCCAGGGAGCUCCGGCCAUCGGAUCACGGUCUCACCUUCCAGACACUGUCCCCGGCGGGGGCGCAUUCCUCGCCGGAGAUGAGAUCCUUCUUCAACAGCGCGAACUCCUCGCCGACUAUGUCCUCCUCCUCCGACGUGGCGCUGCCGAGGGCCAUGGAUUCCGGCGAAGCCUCGCCGCCGUCGUGGUGGAGAUCCGGAGGCGGAAGCGACGGAAGAGACCACGUCGGAAAGGCACUGACGGUGGCGAGCUUAGUGUGUGGAAUUGCAGGUGCGGUUCUGCUUGUGGCUUCGGGUUUGAUUUAUGCAUUAAAGUACCGAAACAGAAAGCAGAAUUUAGACGCAGCGUUUUGCGGUGAGAAUGGGAACGAAGGUGAGAAUGACGAUGACAAUAACAAAUUGCAAUUAGUGGUACGCAACCCUUAA